GGUCAAUAAGUUGAAGUAUUCAUAUUUGUAUACUGAUCUUUAUGAGCCAAUUGUGCAUAGAACUUUUGGAGUAGACCUAUCUAAAUGGAAUAUAAUAGUACAACUAAAAGAUUUGUUUGCUGAAAUAAUAACUGGAAGUUGUGGGUUUGGACAUCCAGAUCAUAAUGG